UUUUCUGAAGCACAAUUCUCUCCCGUUGCUAUAACAACGUGGCGCUAAAUUCAACUUGCUAUUUUAUUUGAUCAAUAUCAAGAAAUGGAAGAGGAAGAAGUGACCGAUGAGGAGAAUUACGAACCGCAGGUUUUUUCCAAAAACCCCACCGAACGUAUUGCCGCCCGCCGGCUCCGCAUCCAGCGCCGGGUGGAGGCUUUGCGCAAGGCAAAGGAGGCUCAAGAGGCGGCAAAGCUCAACGUUACGCUCGAGCCGGAGGUCACCAAGACGCCCAUCGAGAUCCAGAUUGAGAAGAGCAUCGAGCUUUUGGAGAAGCUGGUUCUCGAAGGAGAUGAGUAUGUUACCAAUGUUCGGGUGGCAACGGAGGCUCGGGAGGCCGACAGGCGUGAACGCGAAGGCAUAGGGAAGGAAAAGCUGUUGAAGGAGCUCGAAGAUGAGGCCGAGGCGGCAGCGGGGAUGUUCGAGGAGAUUGCAAACAAGUGGGGCGGGAUUUUGAAGUAUAAUGACCCCUUGCAUAUCAGUGAGGAUAUCCAGAGUCAGAAGGAGAAGUGCGAUGAGCUUAUCAGACAGAAGGAUAAUCUCAUUGCUGAGCUGAAGGAGAAGAUUCGAAAGGCGGAAAUCAAUUUUGCGAUUGAUCAGAGAAAGCAGAUCGAGGAUGUCAAUUCGAUUGCACGCAGGAUUGAGAAUCAGAUUAUCGUGAUGAGGAAGGCGUAUCGCCAGGAGUUACAAAUGAUCGAAGAGGUGAUCCUUGCCGAACGCCAAAUCCUCAUUGAGGCCAAUAACAAGAAAUGGGAGGAACUGUACAAGAAGCGAGACCAGGAGGAAAAAGCAAACUCCGAGCUCAAAUCGGAAGAUUACUGGAAUUUUGUCAAAGAAAUGGACCAUUUGAACCGCGACUUUCAAGAACUGUAUCGUGCGACCACAAUUCAACUAGAAAACGACUGCGACGAGCUCCAGCGUGAGCUGGAAAGAAUCAAAACCGAUGCGGUUAUGAACAGCGAAAAGCUCGACUACAAUUACCAGAUUUUGAAAAAACGCGAAGACGAGAAUCUGAUUAUUCGGUCGCAACAAAAGCGCCGAAUUAACAAGCUUCAGGACGUUAUCAACAACUUGCGGAAGAAAAACAACGAUUACCACACUCAAACCCAUCAACAGAUUGACAAACUCACGAUCGAGUUGAAAAAACUGACCCAGAAUAUCCUCGAUAUUGAGCGGAAAGCUGAUCAUAUAGCUCAGGUUAAUGACGAGAAGUUUAAGAAAAUCUGGGGUAUGAAUAAGCAACGGGCCGAUCAGCUUUUCAAACGCAUCCUCGAGAUUGAUAAGACUUUGUACGAGCAACAGUUAGGUUUGAUUUGGAGCCCUCCUGAGCAUAAACUCCCCACGAGAAAUGAACUAGACAGUUACAAAACGGCCCUAAAUGUUUUGAGCGUUCGCAAAUUGAAAAGCAAAAGCGUGAUUAUGGAAACAGAAGGCGCCCCGAACGUGGAACCUGAAAUUCCUGAAGGCGAUGACAUUGACUAUAAUAAAAAUUAUAAAAAAACGUUGAGACAUGUCUUGAAUUUGGUCGGCGAUAAGAUGGGGUUUUUGAUCGAGGAUGACUUACUUGCCAUUUUGGAGCCCUAUUUAGAGCAGGAACGCACUUUGGUUAAAGUUGAUAACGUUUUUGCGGCCCUUAAUAUUAAUGAUCGUUCCGAUAUUGACCUACUUCUUGAGUUCUUCCUCCCUUACAUGUUCUGUCCCAUUUGUAACACAACUUCAGAAAAGCCCAUCAAUAUUGAUGAAGAAAGUUUGCUGAAUGUUCAUGAAAUGGAUCCUCUGAACGUCUCCCAACUCACUGACAAUGAUGACAGUAGAAGCCGAUUAAGUGAUACUUAUGCCACCGACAUGUCUUUGAACGAAUACGUGGGGGCGGAGCGUGAAGGGGGGACCAAUAUAGACGUGGGCCCUUUAUCAGUAACCCUUUACGACGAUAAUUUGAAAGGGGAGUGCAAAGGGCCCGAAUUGCGCGAGCGAGAUAUCAAGGAUCAGGACAGUAAAGGGUCGUUUGGUGAAGCUGAUAAUAAAUCAAACGUGCCAUGCCAAUACCAACACCCACUUGUGAUAAGCUCUGUUUACGUUUUGAAAGCUUUGAGAGAGUUUCUGGCCAAAUAUCACGUCAAGAAGGCCGGCAUGCCAACAAUGUCGGCAAGACUGGCUCAUAAACGAAGCACGGUCUCUCGAUUGGUGGCACAGGAAGAUAUCGAGAGUUAUUGGACUAAAUAUACGACGCUUUUUCCGAAAGAAAGGGAACAGUUGUGGGAUAGUCUUCUAGCUGGGCUUAAACGUUAUCACGAGUUGUUGAAAGUCCGAAAACUUACGAGUGAGGAAGUGGUCAAGUUGAGGAAACAGAACUUGGAACUGAGGCGCGUUUUUGCGAAUUAUAUCGACAAACAAGACAUUCCGUACUAAUUUGUAAUUAAAAGAUGAAUAAAUUUACAUUCGAGAAAUUUAA